AUGAUUAAAAUACAAAAUAUUGUAGUUUUAGUAAUUUUAUUGUUUUUUGGAGAAAUUAAUGUUGAUAAAUUCCAAAUGUGUGACCGACAAAAUUGCGUACUUCCCAACUUUAUGGAGUGGAAUCCCGUAUAUAUAACUAAUAUUUCUUCGAUUCCAACUCAAGGAGGUAUCAUUACAGUAAAAGGUGUAUCACUUCUAUCAUCACCACCAGGAAUUACUCAGAUCUAUUUUAAUACCAGUGUAUUUCUAUUUGAAAGUAAUACAAAUUCAGAAGGAACUGAUAUCAAUUUCAAUGUUGGUCAAAACAUUACCUCUUUAUUCUCUGGUCAAAAUAUUCCAAUUUCUUUCAUAAUAAGAGAAACCCAAACACUCUCUUUUUCUCCAUAUAUUUAUGAUACUAUUUUUUUUUCAUUUCAAGGACCAACAAUUUCAUCAGUUGUAUAUAAUAGAGAGACCAAUCAAAUUACGAUGACCGGAACAAAUUUUGGAGUAAAUGGAAUUCCUUUGACAUUGACUUCGAAUGGUGGAAAUUUACAGCCUACCCUUUUAAUUGAUAAUACUGUUAUUGUUUCAAAUGUGAAUGCUCAAAACUAUUCAUUCUCUGGUGAUUUCCAAUAUGUUUUGAAUGUUGGUUCUCCAAAUCCAAAUUCAGCAACCUAUACUCAACAACUAUAUCCAGUUGUAACAUCAGUAACCUCUACUUCAUCAUCUGGUGGAACCAUUUCAAUUUAUGGAUAUAGAUUGAAUCUUUUCAAACCAAAAGAAACUAUUUCACAAGUUUCAAUCCUUGUUGGAGGUUAUUCAUGUACUGUAUUGACAUUGAAUGAUCCAAAAAAUUCAUUUAUUGAAUGUUCAAUGCCAGCAAUUCCAAGUGGUUCAAAUAAUUAUAAUUUAUCAGUGGUUGUUAACAUUAAUGGAAAGCAUUCCAAUAGUGAUAUAUUAUUCUCUGCCGAUCUUUCAAAUGUCCAAGAAGUAUCACAAGAUGGUGGAAAUACAAUUAUUAUCGGUUCAUCAUUUGGUAAUGAUACAAAAUCAAUUGUCCUACAUUUCAAUGGUAGUACUCCAAUGUCACCGAUCUCCGUUUCCAACUCGAUGUUAACAUUUAAAUUUCGAACAAACACACCAUCUGGUAUAUACAGUGGAAACACACUGACUAAAUUCAACACAUCACCAACUGUUCCAUUUAAGAUAACAAUUCAACCAUACAUCACAUCAAUAACAUCACCACCAACACAAGGUGGAAUUGUAACAAUCAGUGGUCAAUAUAUGACUUCCAACAUCCAAGGAAAUGAGAAUAUCACUGUGAUUAUUUAUGAUACCAAAUCUAAUCUUAACACUCCAUGUUCCAAUGCAACGAGAUUGAACAGUACCAGUGUGACCUGUAUUGCACCACAAAGAAGUGGGACAUCCGCUUAUUUGCAACUUCAAUUGAAUGGUAUCAGUUCAACAGUAAUGAGUGGAUUGAAUAUGGUCUACCAAUCACCUAAAAUAAUAUCUACAACUUCAGAAUCACCAUACAAUAGUGGAAUGAUAAGCAUCUAUCAAACUAAUUCCUCUUGGGGACUCGUAGUUGUUGGCAUUGUUAACAAAUAUAAUGGAGUUCGUCCGUCACACUGCUACAAAUUAGAAUCAAAAGACACAAUUGAAAUUACCAUCAAUGACUUCGAUUUUAGUAGACAACAAGAAGUCAUUAUUAUACAGUUAACUGCAAUAAUUUAUUUUGGAUCUAUCUAUUUAGGUCUAGUUUUUUAUAAUAGAUCAGGUAGUCCAUCUAUUUAA